AACACUUGAUACCCAUUUUCGUAGCGGCCAAACGGCGGUACGACAACUUCUGUGUCCGUCACGUGAUGCCAUCGGGCCCAAAAAGACUUUUUCCCGUAGACUUAUGUAAGGACCUACUAAACAUUGCUAAGUGAAGAGACUGUGUUUUCCCAUACAGUCCUGACGACUAGGACUGUAUGGGUCUGUGUCCUUUUACAGCACCGUCCCUUCGCUGCCUCCGUACGCGUGUGUGUUUGUUUCUGUUUGUGCCGGUGGGUGAGCACUGCUGGCGUCUCCUGACUGCAGCUUCUCCCUCUGUCAGCUGUCUUUCCUCUCGUUUUGUGCUGUUUCUUCACUGUUCUCCUGAGUUUUGUUGUGUUCCAUCUCGUUCCCACUCUUGUUCUCCGUCUUUUGUUUUUUGUUUUCCCUCUGCUCCCGUUCGCUGCACUCUCCUCGCCAGCUAGCCGGUUAGCUGCUAACUCGCUAGCGGAGCUGCCCUGCAUGUUUCUCUGUCCCCCUCAACUCCUCUCGGACACUCCACCACUGGAAUUACAAUAAUCAUCUGGCUGUUCUCCUCAUCAUCUGUAACCAUCUGUAUCGUGAGUACCACUGCAGUACCAUCCUCCAUGAACUCAUCCUGGACAAUUCACUGGACUUCCUCCUGCUCACUGAAACCUGGCAACAACCCAAUGACUUCUUCUCCCUCAACCAAGCAUCCCCCCCAACUUCGGCUACCUCUGUAAACCCCGCCCCUCCCGGCGUGGAGGGGGCCUCGCAGUCUUAUUCAACAAGAACCUCAGGACCACCGAACUCACUUUCCCUACAGUCACAUCAUUCGAAUCCCUCGCCUUCAAAACCUGCUCCAACACAGUCAUUCUCAUUUACCGCCCACCUAAACCAAAUUCAUCCUUCCUCUCCGAUCUGUCUGAACUCCUCAUCCUAGCAUCAUCCCUCCCCUUACCCCUACUGCUACUGGACGACUUCAACAUCCACAUGGACUCCCCCACCUGUAAACUUGCCUCUGAUUUCUCCACUCUACUGGACAACUUCAACCUCACCCAGCACAUCACCUUCCCCACACACAAUAAAGGCCAUAUUCUGGAUCUCGUCUGCUCUGCCAACAUCCCGGUUCUGAACAUCCAACCAUCCCCCUUUCCCCUUUCUGAUCACAAACUCAUCCAAUUCACAAUCCCUUCCCCAUCACCCCGUCUGAAACUCCCCAGAGUCAUCUCAUUCCGCAACAUCAAGUCCAUUGAUCCCCUCCAUCUCUCCGACCUGCUAUCUGCUGCCCUCCACCUGGACCCACCCCCCACCUCACCUGAUGAUCUCACCAACCACCUCAACGCCACCCUGUCUGACUCCCUCAACUCACUGGCCCGCCUGAGAACCAAAACUGUUUCAUUCAACACCUCCUCCCCCUGGUUCACACCCCACCUCAGAAAACUCAAACAGACCGGCCGCCAACUUGAACGCCUCUGGAGAAAAUCAUCACUCACUGUUCACCUCGAAGCCUACAAAUCUCACCUCAUCACCUACAAAGACGCCAUCACUGCUGCCAAAUCUGACUACUUCUCCACCAUCAUCAAUGACCCCACCCGUAACCCCCGAACCCUCUUCUCCGCUGUCAACACUCUCCUCAAGCCUCGUGCCAACACCCUCUCUGACCCCUCACCCAAUCUAUGUAACUCAUUCCUUCAGUUCUUCAGCGACAAAAUCACCACCAUCAACAACUCACUGCUCCCCGUGUCUGACCCAGCAGCAACCACACCGACCCCUAUUCUCUCCAUCCCUCUGGACCGCCUGACCCCUCCCCCCCAGCAGGGUCGAACCUCCCGGUUCUCGGUGGAGAGUUCCUGUCUGUGUGCUCUUCCGGUCGUUCUCACCACCGUUCAUGUUCUGUUGUUCCUGCUGGAGCUGCUUUCUGCCAGCAGAUGUCACCGUUCCCUCUGUUUUACCACAAAGGAGGUUUAUCAGAAUGGAUGCAGUGAACACUGAACUGAUGCUGUGAAUGCUUUCUUCCUGACUGACUUGGUGUUGUAAAGGUUAAGUGUCAUCAUGAUGUAGUUAAACUGGAUUUAAAAUGAUGGAAACUGGAUUUGAAAUUAAACUCGGCACACAAGUUUCACAAACGUC